ACCACCACCCCCAGCUUCAGACCAAGGAAUCUCCCAGCGCACCUCCAUCUCCGCAGGGCUAAUGGGUGAACGCUGCCGUCCGGGUUAUUACUGGGAUGCUUUGAUCAGAGAAUGUAUCGGUUGUCAGGCGGUAUGCGAGCCACCACAAGUCGUCGCCAGAUGCGCCGGUUACUGUGAGUCGGCACAUUGUAAAGCACGGGGCGGGCACUACUACGACAUGCUGCUGAAGAAAUGUGUGCGGUGCGCUGAGGUGUGUGGCGGACAUCCUGCAGAGUGCUCCCAGCACUGCCACAGUAUUAGCACGCCAACACCCCGUGUGACCACCAAAACGCUACUGGUUCAAGGUGGUGCGCCGUCAGCCUCGGAGGACUCCACCAUCGUGCUCUACUCCCUGCUGGCCCUGAGCAUGAUGCUGCUGUGCACCAGCUUGUCUCUAGCCUUUGUAGUCUUAAUGAGGCGAGCAAGGGCCAAAACCUCCGAUCCAGGGCCGAAGGGGGCCAACCACCAACAGCCGGGCCAGGACGUUGGCCAAGCAGAGGGAAGGCCCAAAGAUCUGGUUACAAAUUCCACAAGGGCCACCACAGACCGGGAGCCACCAUAUGACCCCAGCCCCACAGAGACCUGCGCGUGUGUCCACUGCUUCCCCGACCUGAAGUCUCUAAGCCAGGGCAACGACCGGCCACCAGCAGGACCCUUCUCAUUCUACCAGCAGGCGGUCCUCCACCAAUCCGCUGUCUCCCAGCGAGGGCCUGUGUGGACCGAGGACAACCUGUGGAGCUCUCGGCUGGAGGUACAGGAGGAGGCUGUAUGAGGCUCAGUCAGAGCCUCGCGGGACAACUACACACGUGUCCUCAGCUCACAGGAGAAGAUAGUCCUCAGUCGCAGUAAAACGCACACUCACGAAAAUGGGAGAUUGAGUUGACUUCAGAUGUUGUCCUAUCCUUAAUGGCGAGGGCCCUUGUGUGUCCAUCGGCCUCUCGUGAGGUUGACACACCAUGAACGUGUGACUGCCCGGUCCUGUAGGAUUGCAGCCGCCGCUUCACUGAAUCGACGGGCCAGAGAUCACUGACCCCCCAACGAGAGGCCGAUGAUCGCAUUUUCAUAAGCGAUACUUUCAGAAACCAGAUCGCAGGAAGGAGGCUCUGAUCUCUCUGCCUCUCUCUAAAUGGAUGUUGCUUUUCCACAUGAAUAAGUUCAACACCACACGUUUUUUUUUUUUAUAAUUCUAUAAGUAAUUAGCAAAUACUGGCUCAACUAUGUUAUGUGUACUGGCCCAACUGUUAUAUGUAUGUGUGUGUGUGGGGAGGAAGGGGGGGGGGGGGGUUAUGGAUGAAUCAGAUUCCCCUUAUACUUGUAUUGACCACAAUGAGGAAAAAUAAAAGCUUGACACGAGGAACAUCAGGGGUCUGUUUCAAGAAGGAGCUUCCACAAACCGAGUCAAACCUAAACUCUGAGUUGAUUUACCCGGAGAUGGGAGUU